AUGAUGACCCUACGAGAGUACGCACAAUCAACAUUCGAUGCCUUUGCCAAGGCUUACGAUGCUUCUCAAGAUCUACCUCCGCAAUUUAUAUGGAAUCCACCACGAAAGGGUAACUUAAGUUUGGACUGUUUGGAUCAAAUCGAGAACGCAAUUCAUGUUGAUUUUGGUAAUUCUACUAACGAGAAGAUCCUUGUUCAUUUCGACAAGGCACGCACGCUGAAGCCAACGAUGAUUGACAUUCAUUUGGCUCGGAGAAGUUCAUGCUGGUUUACAUCAACCCAUCCAUUAACAUGUGCUGAACCCAGAGAAAUGAAAAUUGAAAUCCAACUGCAAACUCCAAACGGCUUUACCGCAAGUACAAACGUUUUGUUGAAAAGUCGAUACAAUAUGCAGUUUGUCAGUUGUAAUGCCAUGGACCUGCCACCGGAAAAGAUUGCACUCUUACCGGUGAUGUUUGAGACGGUGAGGAUCUCGGUCACGAAUGGUAUGCAAGUUAGUGGGUUGAAAUUUAUUGGUCAAAAUGGAGGUAGUAUGAUACUGGGUGAAAUCGUAGCUAUAGUCAAGGUGCAUUCUACGUCUUCAUUCAUGGAUAACACAGCUGGUCUAACGGACAGUUAG